AUGGCUGCUGCUCAGAGUGGACCAGGGUCGCAUGGAGAUGCGGGUUUGUUGAAGCAGCCCAUUCCUCGGAGCAAUGGCGUGCAGGAAGACGAGAAUCAGGACCAGAUUGGUUCCAACAGCCCAACUCCCACUGGGAUCUCGACCCCGCAACCUGAUCUAGCGGACAAGCGUCUGCCUUCGAUACACUCUAGCUAUUUCCAGGUUGGUUCUCCCUCUGGUGAUAAAACCCGUUCUUCCAGCACCCGGUCUUUUGAGACCCCUACCUCCGCGCAAAACCCCCUGUCGGAUACGUCCGCCACAGGGACACGGGAUGAUCAAGGUUCCUCACCCUCGGGCUCCUUCGUUAUGAUGGAGCGUCCCGAGGCUUCGGACACCCAGUCUUCUGCCGCUUCGCCGGACCAGAGACUUGAGGCACAGACAUUACAACCAGAAUCGUUACCCCCUACGAAUCUGCCUACUCCCCCCUACAGCUCCGCUUGUUCCCUUCUCCAAAAAGAUUCAGAUGAAAUUGAGCUGGGCUCUUCCGCCCCAGACAAGGGCAUGAGCUCCCUUUUUAAUACCUUGAAGAACUAUCUCUCUCCAUCCGGAAGCAUGUCAUCUCCUGAGCAAACCUCCCGCCGUCAUACCUCUCUUCCCGUCUCAAGCGUUUCUGACGACCCAGUCCUUGCCUCUCAUUUCUCCAACCCUUCCCUUCUUCCUACCUCAGAUGCGUUCUGUUUGCCGGAAGCCCCCUUACUCGAACACGAAAAACCACAUGUGUCUAUGUCUUCUGAGAACCUGGCGAAGCUAACUGGAACUGUGUCGGAUCUCGUGCGUCUAAAGAGUACCCCCCCUCUCACUCCUCGGGCUAUGUCCAAUGAAGGCUCGCAACCCGACAAGAAACCGCCCACGUCAUCCCCCCAACCGUCGGAACCUGUGCCGCCGCAGUCCGAUGAAGCGUCAAGUGCCGCAGACGAGAUUGCCGGCAAGCUCAACGAAGUGUUUCCCCCGGAAAGAGAUAGCCCUUCACCAAAUGGUCCACCAGUGGCCUCGCUUAAGGGCAAGCUCUUCGUGAAUAUUUCGGAAGCCAGGGGACUGCGACCCGGCUUCGACCCUUACGUCGUGUGCGUGUUUGAGUGGAAUGAGUGUAUCUCUAAGAGCGCCCAGGAUGAGGAGGAAGCUACGUUGGAACGUCAGCAAAAGGAGCAAGAGCAGACGGAUCGUGAUGCUGGCCGACCGAUGGCUAUCCCGAUGAAAAGCCGACAGAGCAGCAACAACAGCGCGCUUGAUGGUCACGAGCACAAGGGUCGGGCUCCAGUGACUGACCCGCAUUGGAACCACGAGGCCGUUUUGUACUCCGAGGUAGAUAUCUCUGUGUAUGACCGCAAGGAUCAGGAAGCAUUCUUGGGCCACGUACGCCUCUGUAUCAACCUAAAGGAUGACAACAGCCGGUUAGAGGGAUGGUUCCCCUUGAAGUCCCGUGCUGCGGGUGACUCUCAAGUGUCUGGCGAGAUUCAUAUGGAGAUGCGUUUCGAGAGGACCGAGAAGAAGCAGGUCGGACCGAACGACUUCCAGAUUCUAAAACUCAUUGGCAAGGGAACGUUUGGUCAGGUCUACCAGGUCAAGAAGAAGGACACGCGUCGUAUCUAUGCAAUGAAGGUCCUGUCGAAGAAGGUGAUCAUCCAGAAGAAGGAGGUUGCGCAUACUCUAGGAGAGCGAAAUAUCCUCGUCCGGACAGCCAUGGCCGCUUCCCCGUUUAUUGUCGGCUUGAAGUUCUCCUUCCAAACACCCACCGACCUUUACCUUGUCACCGACUACAUGUCUGGCGGUGAGCUGUUUUGGCACCUCCAGAAGGAAGGGCGAUUCCAGGAGGCUAGAGCCAAGUUCUAUAUCGCCGAAUUGAUCCUAGCUCUGCAGCAUCUCCACGACCACGAUAUCGUUUAUCGUGAUCUCAAACCUGAAAACAUUCUGCUCGAUGCGAACGGUCACAUCGCGCUCUGUGACUUUGGUCUCUCAAAGGCCAACUUGACGCAAAACGACACGACGAAUACAUUCUGUGGAACAACUGAGUAUCUCGCCCCUGAGGUACUACUUGACGAACAGGGCUACACCAAGAUGGUCGAUUUUUGGUCCCUUGGUGUUCUCGUGUUUGAGAUGUGCUGCGGGUGGAGUCCGUUUUACGCAGAGGAUACGCAGCAAAUGUAUAAAAACAUCGCCUUUGGCAAAGUCCGGUUCCCCCGGGAUGCUCUCAGCACAGAAGGAAGGAACUUCGUGAAAGGACUGCUCAACCGGAACCCCAAGCACCGCCUCGGUGCCAAGGGCGACGCAAGCGAGCUUAUGGCGCAUCCUUUCUUUAACGACGUCGAUUGGCAGGCAUUGGGUCGUAAAGAGGUGAUCCCUCCAUUCAAGCCGACGCUCACAUCAGACACGGACACGUCCAACUUCGACCCCGAGUUCACCAAUGCGCUCGAGAACAAUAAUUCACUCAACGACCGUGCGGCUGCAAUCGCGAAUGGGUUCAUGCCAGCGUCGACGCCGUUGUCGCCGGGCCUGCAGGCCAACUUCAAGGGUUUCACCUUUGUUAACGAGAGCUCUAUCGAUCACCAUUUCAAAAACGAUCCUGGUGACCAUAUGGAAGAGGAUACUGAGAUUUGGCAACGACCUCAGCAGCCAGCGAGCGCGGCCAACCACCGCAUGAGUGGUGUACAGAGGACGCAUGAAGGCGGCGAGCCCGGCAUCUUCAACGUUGACGAUAAUUUCGACAUGUGA